CACGGAUGUCACAUCCAGGAUAACAAUGGAGGAACGAACAGUUCUGUGCAGUGGCCAAAUACAAUAAAAUAUCGUACAAAAUUAGCAACGAUAAGUGUUUUUCCUACAACAGAAGCAGAUUUUGAUUCGUCAAACAUAAAACCUUUUUACAUACAACGAAUAACCAUCAAAUCGUGCUUUAUGGAAAUAAUCGCUAGCUCCCAGCUAACGGUAACGUCUUAUUGGGACUUAAGCAUUUUGUAGAGAUAUAAACAUACGUUUUUUGGUCAACAUUUGAAACAUGUUCACGGAUGAAACUCUUGACAUAAUUGGUGCCGAGUCGACAUGGAGAAAGUCACAUCAGCAAACACAAGAAUCAAGAAGCUGUCAAACUCUUCCAGUUGACACAGCAGAGGUUGAAACACAAGCCAGAGAUGUGUCAGACAACAGCACCCAGACACAAGACCAGAUCAGUCAAACACUCUCUCUAGAUCGAGACAUAUCGGACUUUCCUGGUUUGCUGGACUUCUUGCAUAAAGUUGAAGACAUAGUUAUCAAAGAACUGGUGAAAAACUCCAAGAGCCAUGCUUUUGAUGGGUUUCGAGUGAACUGGGAGGAUCAGACCGAGUCGGUGUCUUGCAUGUACCGUCUUCAGCAUGUUGAGGCUCAGGAAAGGGGUCUGCAAGUCACUGGUGUGUCCUGGAACUGCACCGGCUCGGUCAUAGGCUGUGGAUUCGGCCGUGUGGAUGAUGGUGAUUGGAGCAAUGAGAAGGCUUAUGUGUGCACAUGGAACCUGGACCGGCAGAACCUGAACCCAAAGCGGCCGGAUGUGAUCAUAGACGUGCCCACUCCGGUCAUGUGUCUGUGCUUCCAUCCUGUCAGACCGUCUGUGGUUGCUGGGGGGCUGUACAGUGGUGAGGUGGUGGUCUGGGACACCAGCCGCUCACAGGACCUCAUUUUGGCUCAGACGGGAAUGUCUGCAGAUACCCACCGUGAACCAGUUUUUCAGGUCAGCUGGGUCCCAGGAGCUCGCAGAGGGGAGUUUAUGGUACUGAGCGCCGGUUCAGGAGGAAGAGUUCUGUUGUGGACUGUUGAUGGAGCUGAAGCCAAACUCAUCUUGAGUUCUGGAUAUGCCCUUGUUCAACAGCAGGUGCCUCAGUGUGGAGCAGCAAGCAGGACCCGAGGUAGUACCACUAUAGGAGUAACCUCUGUUGCACUUUCCCCGUGGGACCUGGACACAUUCCUGGUGGGCUCAGAGGGAGGCCUUGUGCUCAAAUGCUCCUUCAGCAGUGAGACAGUGUCAGCAGUGCCCCCUGAUGGUGAGAGCGUGACACUGCGGGCCCCCGUGCAAUUCUCUUUCUCACCACUGGGGGGCCCUGUACACUCAGUUCACUUCUCACCGUUCCAUAGGAAUCUGUUUGUAAGCGUCGGGACAGAUGGUUUGGCUCACCUGCACACUGUGCUCCAGCCCCGUCCCCUGCUGUCUCUACGGGUGUCCGAUUCAUACGUGUUUGGGGUGAGGUGGUCACCUACACGCCCUCUAGUCUUUGCUGCAGCCACAGGACAGGGUUUGGUCCAGAUGUUUGAUUUGGGUCGGAGGUCUUUAAGGCCAGCUGCCACAGUUGACCAGAACACAAGUGGUCAGCCAACAUAUUGUCUGGAGUUCAACCCCAAACACACAAAUCUGAUGGCAGUGGGUAAUGCAGAUGGUAGUGUCAACAUCUGGCAGCUCAGUGCCGAGUUAACAGAACAAGGUGCAAAGGAGACGGCAGUGCUAGAACAGUUGGCCAAUGAGGUGGUGGACUGAGUCUGUUUGAGCUUCCUCUUUUCAGACUGUCCUGAUCAGGCUUGAGCAUUCUUAAAAACACAUUCACAUAUCUUCAACUGUAUAUUUACACUGUAAAAUAAAAAAACACUUGACAAUUCCUUCCAGUUAUAA